UUCCAGGGAGUGUAGACCCAGCAGCUCCAAUUUUAUUUGCUUUAUUUUAUUUUAAUUUAUAAUUUAUUAGAGCCAAAUACAGAGAUUAUUAAUUUGAUAGGCAGGCAGAGAGAAAUUAAGAGAAUAAUGGAAGGCAGUUCCAAGACGAGCAGCCCAAAGGGGAAGAAAGAUGAUCUCUACCAUGUUAUUCACAAGGUUCCUUCUGGUGAUAGCCCUUAUGUUAGGGCCAAACAUGCCCAGCUAGUCGAAAAGGAUCCAGAGGCUGCAAUAGUUUUGUUUUGGAAGGCAAUAAAUGCAGGAGACAGAGUAGACAGUGCCCUAAAAGACAUGGCUGUAGUGAUGAAGCAACUGGACAGAACUGGAGAAGCCAUUGAAGCUGUCAAGUCUUUCAGAGGCCUCUGCUCUAAACAGGCCCAAGACUCACUUGACAAUGUCCUCAUUGACUUGUACAAGAAAUGUGGCAAAAUUGAGGAGCAAAUUGACUUGCUCAAGAGAAAGCUAAGGCUUAUAUACCAAGGAGCUGCCUUCAAUGGAAGACCCACCAAGACCGCGCGCUCUCACGGAAAGAAGUUCCAAGUUUCGGUUACUCAAGAGACCUCGAGAUUACUGGGCAAUUUGGGCUGGGCCUAUAUGCAAAAGGGGAACUUCAUGAUGGCGGAGGUGGUGUACCGGAAAGCCCAAAUGAUCGACCCGGACUCGAACAAGGCCUGUAACUUGGGGCUUUGCCUGAUCAAACAGGGCCGGUACGAAGACGCCCGUUUGGUCCUUGAAGAUGUGUUGGAAAGUAGACUUCCGGGCUCUGAUGAGAGCAGGUCAAGGAAACGAGCCGAGGAGUUGCUAAUGGAGCUGAGGUCCAUGCAUCCUCUACCUGAGUCGUUCGAUCUAUUGGGCCUAGAUCAUGAUUUGGUCAACGGGCUUGAGCAGUUGAUGAAUGAACGGGGCCCAGUUAGAUCAAAGAGGCUCCCCAUAUUUGAAGAAAUCUCUCAAUUUAGAGAUCAAGUGGCAUGUUAAUAUUUUGGGGGGAAUUUUUUUCCUCCAAAAUCUAAUCCUCUUAUGGUGUUUCUUUUGUUCAUA